AGAGCUUAUUUUGGGUCACUCGCGUCGCUUCCAACUUGUACUUCGUUUGGAUUUUUGUGUAGAGGUGCCUUUCUCUAAACUUGCAGCAUAGAACGAGCAAAGUAGUUUAGUGUUUUCAAUCAAGAAAGCUGGCGGGUGUGCAAAUGUGUUAAAUUAAUGUGGCCCUAUUACAUUAUUUCCAAUCUGCGUAUAAUAGUGUUAUAAUUUGUUUGAAUAGUUGAUGAAAUAGUCAAGGGCCGAGGGCGCGGCGAGUGGCAAGUCGGCAUCAUGGAUGAUGAUCAACAGUUCUGCCUGAGGUGGAACAACCACCAGUCGACACUCGUGUCGGUGUUCGACACACUACUCGAGAAGGGUAUACAUGUAGACUGCACCCUGGCAGCCGAGGGACAGACACUCAAGGCCCACAAAGUGGUCCUGUCCGCGUGCAGUCCUUACUUUGAGAGUGUAUUAUCACAGCAGUAUGAUAAACAUCCAAUAAUCAUAUUAAAAGACGUAAAAUAUGCAGAACUAAGAGCUAUGAUGGACUAUAUGUAUAGAGGAGAAGUGAACAUAUCCCAAGACCAGUUGGCAGCGUUGCUUAAGGCCGCCGAGUCACUGCAGAUCAAGGGACUGUCAGACAAUAAGCCGUCGAGGCCACCGUCGCGUCCGGCCCAGGCCGUGGUUGCACACCCGCCUCGCGUUCCAUCACCACCUCCACAAGUCAGAGAUGGCAGCAUAGACAGCCGUGAAGGUUCAGUAAGUCCAACUCGCCGCCGGAAGAAAGCCCGUCGUAUGUCAACAGAGACCACACCGAUAGUACCACUGGCGCCCAACAACGACAGCGCUCAAGGGAACGGCGAGGAGACACAGUGUAAAGAGGAAGUCGCUAGAGACGGCGUCGAAGAUCUCACUCUUGACGAGGAGGCAGAGGAACAGCCGACAGCUACCCACAACGACGUUGUACGCAAUUUCCAAUGGCAUUUGGAACGAUCUCAAGACGAAGUACUAAACUCGAGUGACAGUGUACGAGAGUCGCAAGAGUUGCACAAGGAUAGCCACCUGCCGGCGCUGCUGUCGCUGCUGUCCAUACAGCACGCGCAGCAGCCGGCGCUGGCCGCGCUCGUGCCGCCCUGCGUCCACCUCACCGACGUCAUCAAACCUAACCUUACCAAAGACAUGGUGCCCAUCCCCGCACAGCUGCAGCUGCUGCAGCACACCUUCAUGCAGAACAACAACACGGUCGGCCCCGCCGCCGACUACAAGCCGCCGCCCAAGCAGGAGGACGACUCGGACGCCGAGUACGACGACACCGACGACAUCGUGCUGCCCGAGGAGGCGGACGCGUACUACGACAGCAGCACCGGCUUCCCCACCGCCAGCAUCGUCGGCGCCAACGACGCCUACGACGGCAAGCACGAGGGCAAGCAGCAUUACGGCAAGCGAGACGGGAACAGCUCGGACGACACGGUGCGGCAGUUCGAGUGCAGGCACUGCGGCAAGAAGUACCGCUGGAAGUCGACGCUGCGGCGCCACGAGAACGUGGAGUGCGGCGGCAAGGCGCCCUCCCACCAGUGCCCCUACUGCUCGUACAAGGCCAAGCAGCGCGGCAACCUAGGCGUACACAUCAGGAAGCACCACAACAACGAGUGGUACAUAUACGCCAGCAACAAAUGUGUGGGCGUUUCAGGCGGCGGCUGCGUGCCGGAGGACGUGUCUUUCACUAGGAUCGGCGGCCUGUCCUGGGAACAGUGGUCGGCGCGACUGGCGCUGCCGGCCGCGCGGCCCGACCGGCUCGACCGGCCCGACCGGCCCGAGCCCAGCUUCUCGUGCCCGGACUGCGGCCGCGUGUACAAGCUCAAGUCGUCGCUGCGCAACCACCAGAAGUGGGAGUGCGGCAAGGAGCCGCAGUUCCAGUGCCCGUACUGCGUGUACCGCGCCAAGCAGAAGAUGCACAUCGCGCGCCACAUGGAACGCAUGCACCGCGAGGUGCAGAUGAAGCCCGAGCACUACCUCAAGCAGGACAACGUCGACGCCUGCACGUAGGGGGCGCGCCGCCCGCGCUUAGUCACUCUUCUAAUACUCCCUAUUGUUAGGAUGUUUAGUACAUUUUUAUGUUAAAUUUCUACGUAUCGAUAACUUUUUGGAUGUUUAUAUUGGCGAAUAUUUUGUUAGGACCACAUUGAUAUACUUUAUAUAGUAGCGUCUAUAUACGUGUUUUUUACGUACGAGUGUUGUAAAAUCAAAAAGUAACAAAUUUAAGUAAAUCGUCCAAAUUACUGGCAGGCCCCCGAUUUAUAUCCGAUUGUGAUAAUUGUGAUGAAAUCUCUUUUGUGAUAGUGGCACGAGACGGUCACGUUAGAUGUAAUCGCCUACUAGAGGUCACGUGUAGUGUCCCCGAAUGUUACCUACUCGACUGUAAUGUUAAUUAACAUCUCUGAAGUGAUGACAGAAUAUAGAAUUAUUAUCAUGAAUUUAAUUAUAACGAAUUACUCGUAGUAUUUGACACUAGUUGCAGUUGCACUUGCAACAGUGUGUGUGCAACUGUUGCAUUUAUCCAGUAAGUUAAGUUGGAAAGUGAUUUUUUUUUUAUAGUUACGCUUUACUCAUUUUUUUUAUAUAUUUUUUUAUAUACAGCAUUUAUUGUGUAAACUAUCAUUCCUGGUUAAAUACAAGACUUAGGUGUGAAGAUUUGAUGGAAAUAUAAAGUACAAGUUGUUUGGUUAAGAUUGUUACCAAUUGCAGUUACUGUCGCCUAAAUUUGCAGUUGUUAACUGACAACUGAAGUGUAUUCACACAUCAGUGGAAACGAGAACUUUUAGAUUUUUUUUAGUGUAAGUUAGGUCCUAGUGUCCAGAGAUACAUAUAUCAAAAUAUAUCGGCACAUUUUGUUUAUAUUUUUUAAUUUAUGCUCUGGCUAUAUAUCUCGUGGACGUGUAACUAAUAAUGGUUAAUGUUUACGUUGUAGUUGUAAUGAAAACGAAGCUAUUUUCGCUUAGGUAGCAAGCUCUUCUUUGCCAUAAUGCAUGUUCCAUUAUAUUAUUGUAAUACUCAUUUAAGUUAAUUUUUUUUUAUUUCGAUUAUUUUUAGAUCUCUUUACGUCUUAUGCAUUUAUUUUAUCAGUACUUUUAAGCUUACAAUUUGAUCCGUGAUUGCAGUAGUGGUAAUCCGCUCGCUAGUUCCUCGCGAUGGCGUCUAUGAUGCGUGCGUUGUUUCUAUAUUAUUGGCUCGAUCCAAUUAGUGAUUGUUAGUUAGGGCCCGCAUAGACUAUAUAUAGUGCCUUACGUGAUCUUUGACGCCUAUUGUAUAAAAGAUCACGACACUGCCACAAAAUUAUUGUGAAACGAACAUUGCACAGUUUUAUAGUUUUGAAUUGUUAAAAUCAAUCUUCCAAAUAGUCUUUAAGUACGUUAUACACAUUACCAUUUAGAGAGUAUCAUACAAUAAGUGGUGGUAUCGUGAAGCGGCAUCGUUCCGCCCUGCACGCCGGCGUACACAGGCGCACGAGCCUGCCGCUGUGAGUGAGGACUCCACCGUAUAACAGUGCGUAGAGCGACAGCGGUGCCGCCUCACCCGCACUAUGCCACAUUAGGUUUACGAUCCGCUCGAGUUACCAUCAUACAAUCAAUGUAAAGUUCACAAAGUACAAUCAUUACAUGUCUUGUCAAUGUAAAACUAAGUGCCUUUGAAAAGUUAGUCAUUAGAGUUUAAAAUGUUUCCGUUAAUAUAAAGUUCGGUUAAAUCACGCAUUGUUGUUAUUGCAAAAUUUCUAGGUUGUGAUUUUGACAGACUAUUUUCCUAUACGAAUUGUUGCCAAAUUUUGUAACAGAUAUUUGACCAUGUUGUAUAUGUAUAGAUUAAUUCGCAUUGAACUACUACUUGAUAGCUGUGAUAUUGCCAUUAUAAAACGAACUAUUCUCCGAUAUUAAAUUUAAACCGGCGAAGUGUAUGUGCGCUGAGAGUAAGCAGUAUCUCUUGAGGCCGCAACAGUAUGUUAGAUAGAACAAUAUUUUAAUAAUGACCCAAGUGAUGUUAGUGACAACCCUAGAUACUUCUGUAAUAGGAAUUACUGCCUAGAAUAUUUGUAGUAUUGUAGUUACUUUGUAAUCUGCCAAUAAGAAGUUACAGUGAUUAAAUGCAUUUGAUUGUAUUUUUAUAACCUUUUUUUGUAUUUUAAUAAAGUUGCUAUUCUUGA